AUGUCUGUACAAACCGUGUCCACCACUCCCUUUGGGGACCAGAAACCAGGUACUUCGGGCUUGAGAAAAAGAGUCAAAGUUUUUCAACAAGAACACUAUACUGAGAACUUUAUUCAGGCCAUUUUAGAUGCCAUUCCCGAGGGUGCCAAUGGCUCUGCUUUGGUCAUUGGAGGUGAUGGUCGGUACUACAACGACCAUGUGAUCCAGCUCAUCACCAGAAUUGCUGCUGCUAAUGGAGUGAAAAAAUUGAUAAUUGGAAAAGAUGGCAUUCUCUCCACCCCCGCAACUUCCCAUGUCAUCAGAAUCAGAAAGGCUACUGGUGGGAUUAUUUUAACGGCUUCCCACAACCCAGGAGGCCCAAAUAACGAUCUUGGAAUCAAGUACAACUUGAGUAAUGGCGGUCCAGCUCCAGAAUCUGUUACCAAUAAGAUCUUCGAGGUUUCCAAGAAUCUCAAAAGUUACAAGAUCAGCGAUGUUGGUUCUGUCGAUCUUGGUUCAAUUGGCACCCAGACCUUGGGUUCCAUCGAGGUGGAGAUCAUUGACUCCACAGCAGACUACGUGGCAAUGUUGAAAGAUAUUUUCGACUUUCCAUUGAUCAAAUCUUUCCUCAACAAGGACAAGGAUUUCAAGUUACUUUUCGAUGCCUUGAACGGUGUCACAGGACCCUACGGCUACAAGAUCUUUGUGGAAGAGUUGGGGUUGCCAGAGUCGAGCGUUCAGAACUUUGAGCCAAAACCUGACUUUGGUGGCUUGCAUCCUGAUCCCAACUUGACCUAUGCCAGAACUUUAGUGGACAGAGUCGACAAGGAAAAUAUUGCGUUUGGUGCCGCUUCCGAUGGUGACGGUGACAGAAACAUGAUCUACGGCGCUGGAACGUUUGUUUCUCCUGGAGAUUCCGUUGCGAUAAUUGCCGAAUAUGCUGAUUUCAUUCCUUAUUUCGAGAAAAACGGAGUCUUUGGUUUGGCCCGGUCCAUGCCCACGUCCGGUGCUUUGGACCUCGUUGCCAAGGACAAAAAGUUGAAUGUGUACGAAGUGCCUACGGGGUGGAAAUUCUUCUGUUCUUUGUUUGAUGCUAACAAAUUGUCUAUUUGUGGAGAGGAAUCGUUUGGUACGGGUUCCAACCACAUCCGUGAAAAAGAUGGUCUUUGGGCCAUCGUUGCCUGGUUGAAUGUUUUGGCUGGCUUUAACAAAUUGCACCCUGAAGCGUCUGCAUCCAUCAAACUGGUUCAGGAUUUGUUCUGGGAAAAAUACGGAAGAACUUUCUUCACGAGAUACGACUUCGAAGAAGUACCUUCUGACGGUGCUAACAAGCUCGUGUCGUUAUUGCAAUCUAUAGUUGAUGAAAACAAGGAAGGAACCGAGUUAGCACCAGGCUACGUUGUUCAAGAAGGUGCAAACUUCUCCUACACUGAUUUGGAUGGGUCGGUAUCCUCCAACCAGGGAUUGUUCAUCAAGUUCAAAAAUGGUUUACGUAUCAUUGUCAGAUUGUCUGGCACAGGUUCUUCUGGAGCCACGGUCAGAUUGUACUUGGAGAAACAUUCUAGUGACAAAUCCGUCGCCAACACUCCGGUCGAUACCUACUUGAAAGACGACAUCGAUUUCGUUCUCAAGCUUUUGAAAUUCAAAGAGCAUUUGGGUAAGGACGAGCCCGAUGUGAAGACAUGA